AUGGGUUGCAUGCAAUGCUGGAGAGACAUUCGUGGUGUAUAUGUAGAUGUUGGACAAGUUAAGAUUCCAAGGUUUGAAUUUGGUUGUGAUUUUGAUGUGUCGGAAGCUCUCAAGGGUUUGGGAUUGGAGACGCCCUUGGAGAAGAUUGCCCACAAGGCUUGCAUUGAGGUCAAUGAAGUGGGAACCAAAGCUGAAGCUGCUACCGUUUUAGGUUUUUGUGACUGUCUUGUGACCCCAAAAAAGUAUGACUUUGUGGCUGAUCAUCCGUUUCUCUUCCUUGUCAAAGAACACAGAAGCCGUCUGGUUCUCUUCCUUGGUCAACUUCUUGAUCCUUCUAUGCAUUAA